AUGCCAUCCAUGCCAGACGGCUUCCCUUCCUUGUCAGAGCUGAAAACCGACAACUUUGAUUACAAUAUUAAGAAAGGAAAGGUCACUGUCGUGGCUGAUUUAGAGGAUCCUGUCAAACUCCUGGGACAGGGAAUGACCAUAGAUGACGUGAAAAUGACGUUCAAGUACGACAAGAAUAAUCCAGGUGGAAAAUGGAGUUUCAACGCUGAAGGUUGGGUAAACAGCUAUUUCUUUUGAGCUACCAUGACAUAAUUUUCGUCCCAUGUUAAGUAAUCCGGAUUCCGGAGUCCGGCAAAAUCAGGAAUCCGCCGGGAAAUUUUCACUUGUGGAAUUAGGACUGCAGGGUCUUGGAAUCCGGAAUCCGGCUAACGAUUGGAAUCCGAAAUCCAAGUUCCACCGACAUGGAAUGCAGUUCCCGGGAAUCGGGAAUCCAGGGCGUGGAAUCCAGAAUCCAACACUGUCUUGGAUUACCUUACAUGGGAGUGAUAUUUCUCCACCUGCGUUAUUCAUGCUUUUUUUGCAGCCCGGUAGACUGCUUAGUCCAUUUAUUUCUUAUUCAGUCCAGUUGACAUGAUGUAUAGGCGCACCUACAGCGAGACAGAAGGAAGCGUUAACAAAACCUGGAUCGGACCCUAUCGAACCAACUCCUGUAACUCAUAAAAUGACAGAAAAUUUUGGAUAAAGGAACAGGUUGUGAUUCGACCCAGGUUUGACUGAACGGUGGAUCGAAGGAUCGAUUGGAACAAGAGACAACUAACAUUCCCCAACCCGCUUUCUUCGUUGUGUCGUUCACAAUAAGCUCAUUAGGUGAAUAUUAUAAGGGAUUGAAAAUAGUCUAAUCAUUAUGGUAAAAUGAAUUGCUAUCAGAUCGUUGGUCAAAAUUUAAGUGAGCUUGAAAAGUUGUCUUAAUAUAUAACACCUUAAAUCAGUGCAUUAAGGGUCAACGAACAUCAAUUAGUCGGUUGAUGUACCAGCUAGUAUAGGACCCCCAAUAAAAUACCGUCUAUCGUCUAUUGUCAAUUUUCAGUCAGCUUGUAGAAAAGUCGCUGGUGUCGUCAGUCAAACAUUGACGAUUUUUUUGAUGGAUAAAUGCCGAAAUAGUAACUGAGCUCAAAAAAUGUUAAAAUGGUUAUCGAUUUCAACAAUUUUGGUUUAUUACAGGAAAGUGGAAUCAAGGUAAUAUGACAGCAACUGUGAAAAUUGAAGAAUCAAAAAUUGGCGAUCACCACACCAUGGUUGCAGCGGCUGACAAAAUCAACGUGUACGAAGUAGCUACAGGGCUUUCGGAGAGGAAAAGCGUGGAACAUGCAGGAAUGAACGUAGAAACGUUAAAAAAUCUUACUUUGCAAAAUGUGGAAAUGUACUCUGUUUUUAAAGGAAACGAGGACUAUGUGUUCAUGAUUUCUGGAGAACCACUUCUUGCUGACACACGCUCAUCAGAUUGCAAAGUUUUUAUCCGCAAAAUGCCUAAAAAGAAAAGCAUAUUCUCAGUGCUGCUGGAAUUUGACCACGAUUUACCUUCGCGAGCCCUCCUCAAGCUCGUCAGCGACGAUCUGUUUAAGAUUCCAUUCAUCAAUCAUCUCAUCGCUAAAACACGAGUCUUUCGUAAGACCCGCACUAAUUUUGGCUUUGUUGCAUCGACAGGUGAUGUCGAUAAACUUCCUCUUAAGUCUUUCGGUGAGGGUAUUCUGGCAAACGAAUUGCAGUCACACAUUUCUAAAGGGUUAACUCUCUUGCUCCCAUUUCGCUUGGGAAAUGAGGACACGAAACCAGUUAAGGUGGCCGUUGUGGUUAAUCCUCCACUGGUCAAGUUUGUUACUUCUCGCCACGAAGAUGUCAGUGUUGCGCAGACUCUCAAAGCUUUGUCACCAAGUGCUAGGAUAAGAGUCCUACCUCACGGUUUCCCUAAGCUUUCCGACGUAAAAAUAAAUCAUUUCAGUUAUAACAUCAAGCAAGAGACUUUUACUGUCCACGCAAAUGUACCUGAAAGUUUCGCUGCAAUUCCUGGUCUCCUAAACGUGUCAGAUGUCAACGUAACGUUUCGACACCGCAUUGCAGACGAAUUCAACACUUGGUCAUUCGAAGGACAUGGGGUGUCAGAGCUCGGAGGGGCAAAGGCAAAUAUCUCCUUGAAAACAGAAGAUGAGACAAAAGUAGUGUUUAUCAGCGGCGAAGCAGAGAAGAUGUCAGUUAGAUUGUUGGCUCAGCAAUAUGGACUUAAUUUUAUUCCAGACGCAGAAAGCCAAGCCAUCGUCCAAAACAGCCAAAUGAGUGAUUUUGAUUUCAUUACUCCAAGGAUAAAGUCUGCCACGUCUGAGAAGCAGAAAAAUCGUUACAUUCACAUCUCUGGUUUGGGAAAUUUCCCCGGCGUUGAUAAAACAACUGAGGCUGAGGCAGUAGUUUACGAAGACAAAGGACAACUGAAAACGUCAGUCGGUUUUAUAUUUCCAAAAAUUCCGAUGCCUUACAUCAUAGAAGCGUUGACUGGAAUGGACGUGGAAAAUUUGAAAAGAAUACUAAAGAACAGUUUUAACACGUCAUUGGUUCUUUCGCUGGACGAUGACGAUUCUCUCUUCGAAAAUCCAACCCUUUCAGGGCUUUCGUUCGAGCGUGGUAUUUCCAUGGUGGGACUGUUUCGAAUGCCUGUAGACUGUCGAAAUGAUAACUUGUGUGUGUCAGCAAAAAGCAUGCUUGAAAGUGAUCAGUGGUACAGGGUGCAAGGACUUGUCAAACGUGAUGGGUUCACCUUGGCAGGACUGGUAAAUCGCAACUACGUUCUAGGCAACGGCCUCGUGUUGAAGGAUAACAUGCUGCAAAUUGCAAUUAAGGAUUAUUCUACUUUCAACAUACAGACUAGGAUGAGUUUUCCCAAGGAAGAACUUACCUUCUCUGGAAACAUAAACUUUGAAAACGGCAGUGCAGAGUUGACCAUGCAGAGCCAAGACGCUUUUUAUCGUUCUUACAGAGGCGGAUACUUAACUUUUGACCAGCUUUCCUUGAACACUGAGAUAAUGAAUUCCAUUCCAUUGCAGAAGCUUUCAUUGACAGCACGAAUGACACUGGGGACAGUAGGUAGUGGUCAUGAGAUAAUGGCUCCUUGUUCGAUAUCUUACAUCGCGAUGGAGCCCGAAUUAAGUUAUGUGGAUUCCACACUUACAGACAUGACUAUUGAUAAAAUUGUCCAGGCAAUGGAAAUCCCAAACGCGACACUUCCAUAUCCGCUUGCCUAUGCCAUCUUCCCUAAUGGAUUGGAUGUGCUCUAUCAUCCAACGCCGAAUGCCAAGACGAAUUUUACAAUGAGAGGUAAACUUCACAUCUUCGAUAGAACUUUUGACUGCGCGAUGAAGUUGAACGAUUCUCAACACAUUCAUAUGACGUCGAACAACACUAAAGCACCCUUUGUGUUAUCAAAUGGCUUCAUUGUAGUUCAGCAAAGUAAGACAAUUUCCAAAAGUGGUCCGAAACUGGACGUUUCUGUUGCUCCUUUCGAUGUUCAAGUCAAACUCAAAGGUUUUGCAAGAGUUCUUGGCGCAGGAUCCUUAACGGAGAUCAAAAUUUCUGAAGCAGGCACAGAAUUUCCAGUCGAAGGAAACCUUUUUGACAUCACGUCAACUGGGCUAUACAUUUCUUCACCAGAGGCGUUGGAAGGAUCAGAAACCUCAUCAUUCCAGGUGAAGUAGUCCAUAAAAAGACAUAGCCAUUAACCAUCCUUUUGUAGAUGAGAUAUACAUUAAACGGAUCAAUAUUUGACAGUGGACGUUAUUAUGACCAAGGAUAAAUGUGGAUUUAUUACAAAUCGUUAAAUUCUAUUUACUGGUCAGUUUUAAGCAAUUUCAUACAUCCAACAAAGUCAAUAAGUUUUUCCAACUAGUAAAUUUGUUAAAGAAUUUUUAAAAUGGGGCUUGUUUUUUCGCCGGCUGGGUUGGCGAAGGGUCUCGAGUUUAAAUCCAGGCCGGACCAACAACUAGUGUAGAAAAAAAGACUAUGAAAACUUGUAAAACCAUGUUAAUUACGAUAAAGUCUCAGUUCAAAAGCUUUCAAAUAAUCGCGUCAUUGUGUGCUGACGUCGAAAGGGAAGUAAAAGUAUAUGUUAGAGGAAGGGAUACUAUUUCGUAGAUUGUCAGGCAUAUUGUUACUGGAAAGUAAAAUUGAGACAAGUUGCUCUUACGAAGUUUUAGUGAUGAUGGCAGACUAGACUACGAGUAGUCCCCUAUUUUUCUUCAGGGAUAGUAGAGCGAGCAAAAUGCGAGCGCGCGUGAAAACCAACCCACGCGAGAAAAGGCGACACGCCGCGUGUCGCCUUUUCUCGCGUGGGUUGAUUUUCACGCGCGCUCGCUUUUUGCUCGCUCUACUAUCCCUGAGGAAAAAUGGGGGACUACUCGUAGUCUAAUGGCAGACCAAAUCAAUGGGAAUUUCAGCUGAGUAAACCAGUAAAACUGUUCUCUUUUUAGGCUUCCGGUUGUCUUCCCGGCAUUCAUGAGCAAGUCCUAAAAGCUGUUGAUACCCUUCUAAAAGCAGCCGCCGUAGAAGCAGACAGCUUCAUUAACCAAGCGACAGAAAACUUGAAGGAAGCCAAGAACUAUUACCGUAAGGCAACCAAAAAUGAAGAAUUCUAUCGAGAGAAACUGGAAGAAGAGAAAGCAAUUCUGGAGAAGAGAAACAAAGAGGUUUGGAUGGCAGAAGAGCGAUAUAACAGUAGCUGUCAACUGGAUGACUGUAAAAAGAGUAAGUAGCUUCGUAAGAAGAGUACUUAAUGGCUAGAGAUUGAGCGAGAAUAAUACUGAAAGGCAUUAUUUUGUUCUAGUCCACCAAAAAGAGUAGCCCAAAAGGCAUGUAAAUGCGAAUUAAUGGGGAGAGGAGGCAAGCCGGUGGAUCAGUGCCUAAUCCUACACUGAGACGCUCAUCAACCGGUGGACGAAGUGAUUUUUUAAAUAUUGUCAAUUGAUGUUUUAACUGUGACUAUUAACCCAAAUAAUAGAUUUAGCCGCGAAGUUAUUGGUCGUCUGUCAGUAAAGCCGGGGUGUUAUUGGCCUUGAUGACUCUAGAGCGGGUCGCUCGUUUCGACCCCUUCUGUUGUCAUUGAGAUAUCCGUUAUUGUGUUAUUAGUCCAAUUUGUCACUAUUUUGGUCUAGCUACUCUAUCAAAAUAUCAAGAAGCGUUCUAUGGCUAAAUCUGUGUUCCAAAUGGUACAAGGCUAUCCACCGCCUGAUCUGAUAUCGUGUUUGCUCAAUACUCGCUCUUGUUAACAAACCAUUAAGAACACUUCAACAAAAGUUGCCGAUUCCAAAUUCACGACCACCCAGCCUUAGAUUUACAACUUGAUGUUGUCUUUUACAAGAUUCCGUGCGGCAAAUUUUCAUGGAGUUAUAUUGGAGAACGGGCAGAUCAUUCGCUUCAAGGAGAAAAUGAUUUAAAAACAGCUGCUGAACGGCUCAGAAUCGCUAAUAAUGUUUGGUCUGAUUUCAUGACCAUGGUGAACGCUUUGAUCAUUGACAUGGGCGAUUAUCGCGCGUAAAAAAGUUGCUGGAAUCCUGGUAUAACACCAUGAUCACUCCUAAUGCAGACAAUAACUCUUAUCUCCUCCCAAGGCAAUAUAGCAGUCUUUUAAGCAAGUUCCUAAUGCACUCCUUCUUUCUCAAUGGUUGUUUGAUUCUAUUGUAUUUUUAUUACACUUCACAUAAUAAUUUUUUCAUCUAAUUAUUUUGCCAGUUGAUAACUACAGAUCAGGCGGUCCAAAGCUCGUAUUUUUGAAAACAUUUUUAGCCAGAGAACUCUUCGUGAUAUUUUAAUAUGAUCCCUUCGGCUGCGGCUCUACUAUUUUUUCAGCUUCUUUGUUGUUGUUAGUUUUGAUUGAAUUCGUUGUUUGAACUAAGCUCGUACAGUUUGUAGAUGUCAUUAUCCCCAAUCAGUGACUUUCAGGUUAGAUAACUAGUGCUACAAAUACAAAGCGGGACCUCGAAAAAUAUCCAAAAGCCUCUCAAAACAUGUCCAAAAAACCAAGAUUUACCGCGUUUCGGACAAUAAUAUCAAUUAGCGAUUUUCAUUGUAAUGAUAAUAUAUUGUAUCAUAAAUUUAAUAUUGUUUCCCUACACUUUUAAUUCCUAUUUUAAUCCUUUUUUCACGUUUAACCAUUUAGGUUGUAUCGGCUGUCCAGAUUGGAACCGAUGCUGCGCACGUGAUGUGUUUGGCAGUUGUGUGGAAUGUCCAUCAUGGAACAAGUGUUGUUACAAAUCAGGAGAUCCUGUGUGUGUUGCUAAAAAUCACGGGUGUACCUAUAUACGGAGAGUAGCCGAUGGAAAUCUCGAGGACGCCAGGGUAUAUAACCUUAUUUAUAGGUGUUACCGACCAAGUAGAUAGCUCAACAUCGUUGUGACCUAUAAAAACGCAAGAAAUAGAAUUAGAUGUAUCCAGCCACCUUGAAGAGUCAAGCUUGCUGAGAAGCCAUUUUCGGUCAUACUUAGCAACCUUGGCGCGGUUGUUCAAAUCAGAAAAAUAUCCGAAAAAAUGCUUUUGAACUGAAGAAUAAGAAACAUGCACAAAGUAAAAUUUAAUCCCGGGUUAGCGCUAAUCGCCCUUCGAACAACUGAGCCCUGGUUUUCCUUUUCGUGACGUCAUUCUGAGCCCAAACGUAAAAGUCGGUGCCCCUCUGAGAAUGUUCAAGAAAUUAAUAAACCCUUUGUAUCUAGUCGUUCACGUGGUAUAAAGUCGCCAGGUUGGAGAGCAAGGGACGCGCUGGUACAAAACAAAUAAAUGUCGUGCAUCAUUUAUAAAUGAUUAGUAUCUUUGUUUGUCUUGUCGCAAUACAGCAUGGCGGUUUAAAUUGUACCACGUGAACGGGUAGCUAGCUGCAGAGGGUCUGCUGAAAUCAAACGAAACCGGCGUUAACGACAUAACGCCAAAAAAUCAUGGAUCCCAUUGUGUCGCAAAAUGAGAAAGCUGUAGCAAGUAUAGUGGCGGUGAGAUCCUUCGCUUCUCCACGGCCUGUUAUUUGCCAUUCUCUCUAUAGCAACGUUGGUUGGAAAUUGAAUUAUUUUCUUGAAGCUUUCAAUGAUCAAAAUUUAUAGUAAUUUUCAGUUACUUAAAACCUUCUUUAACAGUUUUGUCCACUUUUUCUUCUAAGGAUAUAUACCUAGACCAGAAGCGAAGAGUGGAUAAUUUAACUCAAAGCGUCUUCGACUCAGAAUUUUCCAAAGGCAAAACAAAAGCAGUGUUGGACGCGGCUGGAAAAGCCCUUUCACUAAUCGACAGAGACUCCACUAUCGGAAUAGAAGCAUCCGACUCCAUCAAACACUAUGGCCUUGAAAAUGUGCUCAAGAUUCAAAGCAUCUGUUUUCAAGCCCCCGUCGACACUUUGGCUACAAGCUGCAUCAACAUGACCGUCAAUGCUAGCGUCAUGGGUUCAGAUGAAAUCAAAUCGCUCCCGUUUCACGCAUGUCUGAACAAAGAACUGGUACCGCGCAUGGCUCGAUUCCUUGCAAAUUAUUUGUUCCCCGAUAUAGGAGCCACCAAACAAAGAAGAAGUCUUAUCAGUGAAGAGAAGAACUACAUUCCCGAUGAUGAAACCAGUGGAAGGCUAACAGACUUCCUACAAGGUCGGGGAUUAUUACGGAGAGCAAGGGAUGCCGAGUCUACAGAUGAACGUGACAGUAUUGAGCCCUUCUGGGAUCUUAUUCAACAGCAUGAUCCCCUGAAGGUAGCGAAGAAGGCUGCGCCACCAGGCCAUCCUACUAUGAACAGCUUAAAGAGAAAGUGGAAAAUACCAGGUAUGUUGGCUUACUGUCUGAAGGAAAAGUUAUCAGAGCACUAGAUAUCUAAAAGAAAAUUUCAUUGCAAAUUAAACUUUUGCGUAAAAAAAAGUCCUGUAGUUUACUUUACAUGUACAGGAUUGUGCUUUAUAUAAUCCUGACGGCUAAAAUUAAUUUUGCCAUUUAUUACUUUGGGACACUUUUUUUCGAGUAAACUCAAAAGUUCGAAAUAUCUUUCUUGCUGAAAUCGGCUGGCUCGUAUACCAAGAACCAACACACGCAAGAUAGAAACAAAAACAGCAUUCAAACUUACGAUGAUAAACUUUUAACAGUUUUACUGUUUCUUUUCUCUGCCUUAAAAAAGUGGCUGUCGUAGAUUGAUUACAACUCAGCCUCUCUCGCGUUAGAACAUUACUGUCUGCAGUUGUGAAUGGCGAACAAUGAGAUGAAAAUGUGGUUUUGCAACUGAGUUAGCGUUUACUUAAAAUAAUUUUAAUUUUGCAGCAUCCAAGGCAGGAAGAUGUAAGAUUUAUCACCAGCUGUUGGAUAUAUGCAGGGAUAUGAUGAAAACAGUGAAAAAGAUGUAUGGAACUUACAUGUAUGAGCGAUAUUUGUUCGCCAAGGAAAAGGACCGCUUCAGUCGAAAGCUUAAACGAGUAACGAAACAAUUAGAAUUGUCAGGUAAUUAUAACACUCUUCUUUGUCACCUCUUAUAGACUCAGAGUCAUCCAGACCACGUUUCUUUUGCCUAUGGGAGUGUCCUACCUAAGCUAAGUGGUACUCCGCUAGGCGGCGAAAGGGCUACCAAGCAUGCACCCCUUACGAGAAACUGACUAGCUUCGAGUGCACCAGAAGCUUCGUCAAAAAUUUGAAGCUUCAAAUUUAGUGUCAUAAUGCAGCUCGUAGCCUUAUAAGAACAGUUGAAUAAAUCUUGCUUUCACGUGCUAGCAGAUGUUCUGUAGCAGAGUCACUCAAAGAGCUAAUGGAGCUAAGUUUUAUUUUCUCCAACAGCGAAGGAGGUAUCUGGUACAGAAGACCAAAUGGAGAGGAUUGAAAGAAGUCUUAACUUUGUCAGCGAUGGUAGGUGCCCAUUACUUCAACAAGAAACGUUCCGGCUAUAUGAUUCAAGCCCAGGAUGUAUAGACUGAACAACAUAACUUAGAGAGCUAGUAGAUAACAUAUGCUUUACUCCUUCAGUGUCGUCGUCUCGUUCAGAAAGCACUCCCUAUACUUUUAAAAACGUAAGCGGAAUUCAAGUUUAGAACUUCUCAAAGUAGAAAAUGGGAUGAUACAAAAACAGUUCAAAAUAAUUCUUAUGAAUAGAACUGGUAUGACACUAAGUAUAAAUCACUGGCAAAAGACAACUGCAAGGACUAAUCAAACAACGCGAAAAGACUGUAGUUACCAUAUUUCCACCUUAUUAGGAAAAUCACGAAUUCACAGAAGGUUAUGUGUAGUACCACAGUGAACGGAAGUUAUAAAUGGUGUCCUUUAAUUAAAUUGAAAUAAUGGCUUUCAUGUGAUGCGGUGCAUACUACUCUCUUAUUUCAGGUGUUAAGAAGUGGAGUAAAAAAAGCGAAGACGCAUUAAAGCGUCAAGAAGCUAUCAGCGUUGAAGCCUGGGUUAAAGCCAUGGAUAGCAGAAUAAUAUCUUUGGGCGGAGAAGGAGUGCAAAGAUUCUUGGGAAACCUAUUCCGCGCAUUUGACGGGCUGUUUGAGAGUUCAUCACUUCCCUCUAAGUAUGCUGGGAAAGCCAUAACAGUAAUGCAGAGAAUACGGCAAAUAAAAUCGGUGAGUUGACUAAGAAAAGUCAUCGAAAUCCAUCGACCUGCACUAACCCAUUCAGGCUAAAUCAACCAAGGCUGCGAGAGUACACACUAUGGGGUAUACAUCAGGGACGUGAGGGUAGACAUGUUGCAAGAGACUAGAGCCGCGGAAACCGGACAUCUCGUGUAACGUUUUUAUAAUUUUACCCCCCUCCCCCACCCCUCGCCAUUAAAUGCACACAGAGAGAGACAGACAUUUUCCUCAAACAAAUUCUGUCCCUCACAACUUGUUGCAUGAGAAUCGACUGCGGUUUUGAAUUUGUAUGGAUGAAGAAGAGCCAAAAUUAUUUAUAGAUUUUCAUUGUACCCAAAUACUAGUGCACACAAAAUGGCUAUGGAUGUAACUAUUUCGGCAUAAUGACCACAGAAAAAAAAGCAAUGAUAUUUCAGAAUAUGGUUUAGCAUAAGUUUGUUGUAAAUAUAAGAGGUGGCCAGUCGCGAAAUGACCCGCAAUCAAAAGUUGUACGACUGUAACUAAGUUGUUAAGAAUAAGAAGGUUGAGGGGCGGUAAAAAAAGCAGAUAUUUGUACUGCCUCCAAAUUUAAAGACUUUGGACAUAAUGUUACGAUUUUCUCAUUUCAUACAGGCAUUCGAGCAGAUCUUCACGAAGAAUAUUACCCUCGGACGAGCCAACUACCACGCAGACAGGGUUCUUUAUGACAUAGCAGAAAUAGCCGAUGUUGGAAUUUACUGCCACAAGAAAUAAGCCAAACCCUUAAUUAGCAAGAAAGAAACUGUUAAAUCAGUUAUGAUAAUCCUCAUCGAGGGUAUUAACCGACCAAACAAUCGUCCAGUACUUUUUUCUAGUUCCUCUUCUUUACUAGAAGUGCUGAUUUGUUUAGUACGUGUGAAAAGUUGGCGAUUGUGUCAGAUUUCUCUCUGGAUCCGUGGAUUCGCGGAUCCGUGAAAAUAAUAAUAAUUUAACGAAUAGCGUUAGGUAAUUAAUGUAGACUAUGAGUUUGUCGUCCAUCGGUUACAAAAGCAGUCUAUUUUUUCGGCUUGGUUUAGGAUUGCCAUACCUUGUAAUUGGAUGAAAAAUAUCGCGCCUUUUUUAUGAUGAUUUGGCGGCAGUCAGUUAAAUCUUCCGCGUUUUCAGUCUCUUAUAUUCAUUUCUUUAAGAGAGGCUCUGAUUGGGUCCUUACGAUUGUGCGCAGAAUAGAUCAUAUUCACUGCCCAAAGUUUUAAUAAAAGAGAGACUUAGUUUCACGUUUACGGCAAACGGCAAACGUUAUUUCAAAUACCAAGCGGCCAAGAUUCUUCCAAGUCGUUUACUCCUUAUUUCGUCCACAAAAAGAAAAAGUAGUUUCAUGGCAUUUUUAUCGAUAACAAUGUUUUUAAACAGUUUCUAUCUGCUUAUUUCCUAUUUUGAGAAACUGUAAAAUUGAAUCUUACGUUUGCCGUAAGCGUGACACAAAAUCUGUCCAACAUGAAAGUUGAAAAUUUUAUAGUUCUUGUUUUUUUGCCUUUACAUUCCAAGUUCGUGCUAAAGGCCUGAAAGUUUCAAGUACCAAAUAUUGAUUCAAGUGACUUGCGAGGGCGGUUGAAAUUACACCUCGAUUGUUUUUAUUUAUUGGCAGUAAAAAUCCCGCGCUACUUUUUCCUCCAGUCAGUUGUAAGGCUCAAGCGAUUUGCAUUAUGAUUGGCCAGAAGAAUUGCUUUAGUUUUAGCUUGAACAACAGGUGUUAACGGGGUUUUCAAGCAGUUUCCGGCCAUCUGAGCGCCCCUAAUGACGACUGUUUCGACCCUGUUGAAGAAGCUGCUUUAGUUAUGUUUUCAUUGCACUCAGUUGGCUGCCAAUGAUGAUCCAACGACCAAUGUCAUUGUGGUCGUGGAAUUGCAGCAGGCACUCAAUUGAAAAUUACACUAUUAUGUAAGUGCUGAGUUCAUCUGAGUCAUCAGUAUCAAAGAUACAAACCGAUGUAGAAAUAGUUUUACUGAACGAAAAAUAAUGUUAGAUCGAAUCAUAGCAAACUAGAAUCCAGCAACUUGGUUCUUUGAUAGCUCCUAGGAAUACUUUCCAUUUGCCCCCCAAAAAUGUUAUUUUAACGUUUGACGAAAAAUGUGUUUUCGUCCACGGAGGAUUUGUGCGGCGUGCUAGCGAGUAAAACCAU